AGAUGCCAGCCUGUCAUGGGUGCUGUUGUGGUGUUUUUGAAUAAGGCAACGAGCUAUAGAUGCCAGCCUGUCAUGGGUGCUGUUGUGAUGUUUUUGAAUAAGGCAACGAGCUAUAGAUGCCAGCCUGUCAUGGGUGCUGUUGUGAUGUUUUUGAAUAAGGCAACGAGCUAUAGAUGCCAGCCUGUCAUGGGUGCUGUUGUGGUUUUUUUCUUCCAGAGGUUCCGUUUUUGUGGCGACUUGGACUGUCCGGACUGGGUGCUGGCAGAAAUAAACAUUCUGUCGAAAGUUACCUCGGUCAAGAUGAAGCUGCUGUCAGUCCAGGUUCUCAAGGGCAUGCUGGGAGCCGAGCUUGACUAUGAAAAAGUCCACAAAUUAACGUCAGACGCUAAAUUUGAGUCAGGCGACAUCAAAGCGUCCAUCGCGGCUUUGUCCUUCAUCCUGUCCCGGGCGGCCCGGCACCACGUGGACGCUGACACACUGGCCAACGAACUACAGCAGCUGGGGCUGCCCAAAGAACACACCAGCUCACUGUGCAAGUCCUACUGUAGAUGUGUCAUGUGUGUAGCGUGUCACGUGUCGUGUGUCCACAGAACACACCAGCUCACUGUGCAAGUCCUACUGUAGAUGUGUCAUGUGUGUAGCGUGUCGUGUGUCAU